AUGUUUGAUCACUACAGUGUUAAAACUAGACCUAUUUUUAAUCAGUCAGAGAUCGUGGUAGCUAAACUGUCAGUAAAGACGAGGUACAUUGUUAACCUUGACGAAGUCCUGCAGCAGAUCUCACUACUUGCUACUAUCAGUGUGGAGUGGAAGGACAAUUUUCUUGUAUGGAACACAUCCAAAUAUGGCGGAAUAUCCCGACUUCAUCCGAAAACAAACGAAGUUUGGUUGCCGAAACUGUACCUCGUGGAUGGCUUGCCAAGCGACCAGACCACCAACAUAGAAUCUGGGUUUUCCUGCACCGUGGAUUCUAUGGGGCAAUUGAGAGUGAGAAGAGAUGUCUUCAUCCAAAGUUUCUGCCCCGUGAGUAUUUCCAAGUUUCCUUUCGACGUUCAGGUUUGCCAUCUGGAUUUUCAACCCAGAGACUACAUGACUGACGAGUUUGAUCUGACGUUUGACCCUAAUGAUCGCAGUCCUUUAUCAGUUAAACUCAAGCAUGGAGAGUGGGACCUCGUGUCAGCCAAAUAUCAGAAACCUGUCGCAAGUCAUCCGUCGGGAGUCGUUCGACAAAGAAUCCGCCUUUCCCUGACUUUGAGACGUCUGCCUUUGUUCUUUCUUCUGAACAUCAUUAUCCCCAUCAACGUCAUCUCCAUCCUCAACAUCCUCGUCUUCGUCAUUCCCCCGAGUACAGGGGAGAAGCUGUCGGUGUCUGUGACGGGGCUCCUCGCCCUCGCUGUGUUCCUCAGUUACAUCAGUUCUCUCAUCCCCAACUCCUCCGAGGACCCCUCUCUUCUUCUCAUUUACAUUUCCAUCCUCCUCGUCUUCAGCAGUCUCUCCAUCCUCGGCUCCGUCAUCGUCAGCAACGCCUACCACACACCAGACUCCGUUGCCGUCCAUCCGCGCCUCGUCCGAAUGGUCCAGGCCAGCAAGGGACGAAACGCUACCAGACAGUCAGGCAUUCUCACGGCCCGGAACCAUAAGAACAAACUUAAACCGACAAAUGCAUCCAGGGGUGACAAAAUCGGCAACACCGAUACUACAUGCAUUGCAACGACCAACGCAUCACAGAGUUCCAUCGACGAGUUCAGAGGAGCGGAUACCUUGGGCAGCGGAACGGUUAAGGUGGUUGAUGUCAAUGGUAAGGUCAACGACGGGCAUGUGUCGUGGAAGGACGUCAGCUGUUUCCUGGACAACGUGUUCUUUUGGCUGACACUGGUCAGCAUCAUCUCUGUGGACUGUGCGUUCUAUCUCUUCAUGACUAAUUAG